AUGACGUUAUAUAGACCUUUCGAGGGAACGACAAAAGAAGAGCUCAAGCUCCACCGUCCGAAAAGUCCAGACUUCUUGCUUUGCCAUGUCUGUGGAUUGAACUCCAGCCUACAGGAACAUGACGUGUACUUCAGUCAUGUCAAAGUCUCAAUGAAUUCCUGUAGGGGUAUGUGGUCUCUGGGCGAAAAGUACUUCUUGAAAGAACGCGCAAAACACGAAAAUGGAGAUCCCACAAAACCACACUCGGACUAUGCAAUAAAACAGCAUCGCACAAUCGGCACGGAAUUAGCAGAGUAUCUGGCGGAAGCACGCAAAUUUACGUCGACAAAACCUGAAGCUCCAGAUGGUAAGCCGAUUAGAGAUCAAAUUUUUGGAGCUGAAUAUACCUAUGUGGAUCUGAUGACUGCCGAUCGAGAAGAAUGGUGGGCACGUACAGAACCCCGUAUUCGUAACCCCUCCAACAUCCCGCAGGAAAAGAUACUGAAGUUCAAGGAGAGUUAUCCUCUCAAGGAAGGAGCGAAAUAUGUACUCUCAUUGUGA